GAAAAAGUGACGUAAACGGAAGUGUGCGGGAGGGUCGCGGCAGUUCGGUAAAUAGGGAUUCUAAGCGGUUCUGUGCUAGAGAAAACAGAAGGCGAAGAUGUCGGAGCGAAAAGUUUUGAACAAAUACUAUCCCCCCGACUUUGACCCGUCAAAGAUCCCCAAGCUCAAGCUCCCCAAAGACCGGCAGUACGUGGUGCGGUUGAUGGCCCCCUUCAAUAUGAGGUGUAAGACGUGCGGAGAAUACAUCUAUAAGGGUAAGAAGUUCAACGCGCGCAAAGAGACAGUACAGAACGAGGUCUACCUGGGCCUGCCCAUCUUCCGUUUCUAUAUCAAGUGCACGCGCUGCCUAGCAGAGAUAACCUUCAAGACAGACCCGGAAAAUACAGACUACACCAUGGAGCACGGAGCCACGCGGAACUUCCAGGCUGAGAAGCUCCUGGAGGAGGAGGAGAAGAGAGUGCAGAAGGAACGGGAGGAUGAGGAGCUGAACAACCCCAUGAAGGUGCUGGAGAACCGAACCAAGGACUCCAAGCUGGAGAUGGAGGUACUGGAGAACCUACAGGAGCUCAAGGACCUGAACCAGCGGCAGGCCCACGUGGACUUUGAGGCCAUGCUGCGACAGCAUCGCCUGUCUGAGGAGGAGCGCCAGAAGCAGGAGCAGGAGGAGGAUGAGAGGGAGACGGCGGCCUUGGUGGAAGAAGCUAGGAAACGAAGACUGCUGGAGGACUCCGAUUCCGAGGAGGAUGCUGCUGCACCUGCCCCACCCCCACCGACCCUCCGGCCCAAACCCACCGCUAUCCUGGAUGAGGCCCCAAAGGCAAAGAGGAAGGUGGAGAGCUGGGAGCGGAGUGUGGGCACCCUUGGUAGCAGACCCCAGCUCUCAGGCCUUGUCAUGGUGAAGAAAACAGAUCUGAAUUGCAGCACGCCACGGGACCAGCCGGCAUCCACCCUGGGCACUGUGAAGAACGGGAAGGCGGCAGUCCCUGCACUCAGGACACCCGGCACCUCCUCCCUGAGCCAGCUAGGUGCGUAUUCGGAUAGUGAGGACAGCAGCAGCAGCAACUGAGGCCUUUACCAGGCCAAGGAUCAUAUGUCCAACUCCAACUGGUGGUUGGGGCAGGAGGCACCAAUCAGAGCACAACCAGACAAAAUGAAUGUCUUCUGAGGUUGGCAGGACCAGCCAGGGCUUCAGCUGAGGGACUGGGUUUCACUCCUGUCCCCUCAACCACCAGUAGAAAGCAGCUCAUGCUUCCCAUCCACCUGGCACUAAGUCAAGAAUUGCGACAUCCCUGGAGGGAUGCAUCCUUUCUUGGACAGUCCUUGAGAUGUCAGCCAUGGUUUUGGGCAUGUCGGUGAGCCCACCCCACUGUUGGCUCCAUCCCUUCUACCACAAAAUCGUCUGGAACCAAUAAAAGGGACCCCCACCCCCCAACACACAAAACCACUUUAGCUUGGGAAUAUUGUUGCCACUGGACGUAAUUCAAGUCAAUUCCUACAUGAGGACACAUUAAAAUCCUAGAACUGUGAAAUAUACAUAGUAACUACAAAUGGAAGACAUCCUGGCUGUUUUCAAUUUACAACAGGUAGAAAUUUAUUUUUCAAAUGAUGGAUUUUGAACUCUAGUCCAAGCUACUGGAAAGAAGUAUUUUCUGCUGACUGCCUUCCCAACUUGAACGUUGGGAUGCUGUGGGAAGGGUGGGAAGCCAUCACUCCCAUAGACUCUGCUAGCAGAUUUAUUAUGAUGGAUCCUUUUUUGGACUGUUUAAUAUACCAAAUAAGACUCGGUUUGUUUAAUAAAGUUUCGUUAAGUGACUGUAAAAUUGGUCCCUGUAUCUUUGGGUUGUGACACUAAUUAAUAGUGUCUACAUUUCUAUCAGCUGUGUGCAUCUAUGAGAAUUCCACCAAUAUAUAUGAGAGGACUUCUUUUUGACCUUUCCACGCUUCGUUAAAAGCAGUUUUAAGGUGUGCUAACCUCCAGUAAUAUCUUUUUGGUAUAUGCCAACCUGCUCUCUGAGCUAUUUUUCCACAUAAAAGUGACCCACUUCUUAACCCCUGGUAACAGGCUAAACAUUGCUUAUGAAACGGGUGACUUACUACAUGCCAUCAUGUAGAGCUGACUCGGAGAGUAAAAUACCAAGAUCACUUUGAAGUCAAAGGUGUGAAGAGCUCCGCUUUCUAACUUGCAAAAAGAUGCUGAAUAUAAAUACCACCCAGGACUUGAAAGCAGAGGGGAGUCUGCCUUCUAGGAGCUGCCCUUUCAAAUGGAUGCAGAGGCCCAGCCCCUGAAACUCGCCUAUUUGGGCCUAUGGUUCUUUUAAUCACUGAGUUGGAACAAACUGGCCUUGUGCUUUGUCUGUCAGCCUCCGUGACUGUGGAUGGUGGGAGUCUUCCACAGAGACAGGUCCUCUCUGGGGUUCCGACAAGUCGUGUUUAUGAGGAUGAGACCCUGACACUGUGACUUUGGUGAAGCCUGCUCCUUCCGAGCACAAUACCUCAAGUUCCUGCUAGUGAAGUGGGUUGUAGCUGGCCUCAUCUCAGUAACCAUGAGAGAUCUUUGCGAAGUGUGCCAGCUCCUAAGUCUCCAACCCAGCAAAUCUGAGGUGGGCCCAGACAUCCGUAUGUUAACAAGCUUCCCAGGGGACUCUCUCGUCCUGUUCUAAUAGGGUUUCUAAGAAGGGGGCUGAAAUCAGGCUAACUUGAGCUCAGGCAGUCCCUUUACCUUAUGGAGGGAAGGGGUGUGGGAAAGUGGGAGGCAAUAUUCCAAUUCAAAAUGGCUUGCAUGUGUCAGGGGGAAGAGAAAAAGAAAAACCUGGCAAGCUGGAGCCUGCCUCCUGCCUUUUAGUCUGGGCUGGGGAAUAAGCAGCCUGCUGGAGUGCUGGUGAGUGUGCAACAUGCCCGCCCUUGAGAGGGCUGGGAGGAGGGAGAGGGUGCUUGUCACGGGGCAGCCGCAGGUCAAAGAGCGAAGCAGUCACAUCGCUGUCUGCCCUCUGGUCUGGGCCGGGCCUGGGACUGGCCCACUGGGCCAACACCCCAGUAGGGGGAUAGGUCUUUGUCUCAUCCUAUUCUAAGGAUCAAUAAAACUUUGGGAACAGACAUAAGCCAGGCACUGAAGUGUUGUGGGCUCGGGUUAGUGACAGAACGGGAGGAACCAGAGACUGGUCAUCAAAGCCUAGACAGCUCAGGGGUUUGCAAAUGGUUCUCCAGCCUUGAGGUCCGGAUCCCCCAGCCCUUUUAUCAGGGCCAUGAGUCCUGCAGAUGGAGCAGUGAGGGGCUAGACCAAAACAGUAUCGUCCUUCAAGGACCUGUUCUAAUCAGGUGGGCGAGGCAGGAACGCUUGGAUCUCCACAACCUACUGAUCAGAGUGUACUUAAUUUGUCACGCUGUUUGUGUCUGACCCCCCGGCACUUAUGUACGAUCCCUGCAGAGUGAGAAAGCUCGAAAAUGACACCCACCCGGUGCUCACCAUCCAGUCUGUUAGCGUGUAUGACAGUUAACAUGGAGGCCUGCCUGGCUACUUUUUAAACAUAUUGUUAAGUAAUGUCGAAACCAAUGUCUUCUUUUUGAAAGUUGGAGAAAAAUAAAGCACCUGCUCUCAGCCUCA